AUGCUUUUUUAUGUAGAAGAGACGUGCCAGGUGGGCAAUGGAGCGUCCUACCGAGGAACCCUCGCUGUGACCGAAACAGGCCGGACGUGCCAGCGCUUGGACCGUCAGACACCCCAUGGACACGACAGGACAGCCCGUAACUACCCGGCGGGCGGGCUGGUGGAGAACUACUGCCGCAAUCCUGAUGACUGGUCGGCGAUCUGGUGCUACACCACGGACCCCGCAAAGAGAUGGGAGCUGUGUGACCUGCCAGUCUGUGACUACUGUAAAGAGGAGUCUGUUGAGACCGAAGCCGGACAGGUGACUUUUCCACGUACAGACGGCGGCAGUUUCAACUACUCUGCUGAACGGUGUAACUCGUCCGCAGAAAAUGAGAAGCCCCUGGCUACUCGUUUCUGCCGGGUCACACAAAAUACAACAGUUACUGCAGUGUGGGACCAGCCGGUCGUCCUCAGGUGUGACACUGACUUACACAAUCUGUCCCAGAUUGUAGUGAACAACGAGACAGCUCUGUCUGUGGCAACGGAACUUCAGGUGAUCACAACACAGGCCGAAACGCUCUCGUCUGGUGAUGUUAGCACCAUUACAGACAUAUUACACAAAAUAGUCAACGCCAGCGGCACUGAGCAGAUUGGAGAAUCCAUUCUGACAAUUGCAGAUAACUUCAUAAAGGUCAACGAAACUGUGCUUCUGGAUAGCCAUCAAACCGAUAGAGCCCCAACAAGGUAA